UGGGAGUUUGGGAUUGGAAAGAGGGAGGGAGCCAUGGGCGAUGGGUGGUGGAGAUGCUUCAAGAUGCUGUUCUGGAGUUGACAUCUGUCCAUGGCAUCCAUCCCUCUCACUCACGCAGCACUCACUGUCUCUAUUUGCCUUUUCUUUUUUCAAUUUGCUUUUCUACAAAGUAUGCAAUUUUCUAAUGUUUUAUUCUCUUUCUUUGCCACUCCCUUUCUUGCUCUUUCCAUGUUUCAACACCAAAAAAAGAAUAUAAAGAAAAUGAAGUCUUCCGUUGAUAGUAUGGUUAGUUUUCUGUGGUGAGCAACCGACCCUUUCUUUUAAUAUCCUUUUCCUUGAUUUUUUCUUCCUUUUCGUUGAUUCAGUACUGGGCUUCCAGAAAGUCUCUGGAACAGAGAAAUAAGUGAGAAAGCAACCCAGAGAGAGAGGGGGCUGGGUAAAGUAGAAGAGGCUGAGAUGGGUUGCCUCAGAUCCAGGGAAGUAGGGAAACCCAAGUAAUUUGUGAGGAGAAGAAAAAAAAGUUGAUGGGGUUAGAUAAAGAAGAGUCCAGAGAAGAAGAAAGUUGAUAAGGCUUGAACAGUUCUAUGCCAUUCAGUUUUAAGUCGGCACUGCCAUAUAUGGAAGUUGGGAUCCGUUGUUGUUGACCAGAUCUGACCACCCAUUUGACUUUUACCUCCAUUUGGCUCCAAGAUACAGCUGAACUUCCAUCCUCUAUUGGUCUGAAUUCAUUUUCAUAAGCAUGGGAAAUGUUCCGUUGAAACCCAGCGUUCACAUUCCUAGAUCAUUCUCAAUCAGAAAGGGAGGUAAUGGAUUAGUUAAAAAAUGACAGGUAACUUUUUGUGCUACCUAGAUAGGAAUAUUGAUGGAGGAGAUGUCUCCGGCGGUCGCGAUACCAUUUGGAGUAGGUAACUCGGUCUGUGAUAACCCACCCAUCGCUACCCACGUAGACGUCACUAGACUUAAGCUAAUGGCGGACAAAAAAGGGGGUUUGCUAUCUGAUUCUGUAACUAAGGCUUCCGCUGAGACGGUUCCCAGUGGUGAUGGGGAUUACAAUUUUGGUGAUUUGGGAAAUGAAGUUAGUAUUGCAGCUGCUAUGGCGUCGAAAGAGGAUUCCUUGGUGGCUAUCGUAUCCGAAAAAGGAAGUAUUUGGGUUGCUGCUGAUGACGACGUUACAGCCACGGAAAGUGUGGAAGAUGAUUCCUUAUCAUUGGAGGGUGAUCAGAUUCUAGAUAUCUCUUGUUCUUUUUCGGUGGGGAGUGAGAGCAGUAGUUUGUGUGGAGAGGACAUCAUGAGUCUCGAGGCUUCUGAUAUGAUAACGCUGAGCUCCAUAAACAUUGAGAAGAGCUUAUACGGAUGCGGCGUUGAUGUUGUUGCCAAGGCCGCUGAUUCAGAGGAACCAACUGAUGGGACAGAGAUAGUGAGUGAUCCUGUUGCUGUGAUUGUUGAUGGGUCGGAUCCGAAUCCGAAUCCGAAACCAUCUGGAGUUGUUCUUCAGUUGCCUCUGGAAAGAAGGGCGAGUGGAACAUCAGGCCGCAGUGUUUUUGAGGUGGAUUAUGUGCCUCUUUGGGGAGUUAUAUCUAUGUGCGGAAGAAGACCUGAGAUGGAAGAUGCAGUUGCUGCUGUACCUCGUUUUAUGAAGAUUCCUGUUCAAAUGUUAAUUGGCGACAGGAUAAAUGAUGACAUGACUAAUUGCUUACCUCAUCAGACUCUUCAUUUCUUUGGAGUCUAUGAUGGCCAUGGAGGCUCUCAGGUUGCAAACUAUUGUCGUGAUCGUAUCCAUGUGACUUUGGCCGAGGAGAUAGAUUUUGUUAAGGAAGGGUUAAUUCAUGGAACUAUGAAGGCAGACUGCCAAGAGCAGUGGAAGAAAGCAUUCACUGAUUGUUUUCUUAAGGUUGACGAUGAAGUUGGAGGAAAAGCUAGUCUUGAGCCUGUUGCUCCAGAAACUGUUGGUUCUACUGCUGUGGUUGCAGUUAUUUGUUCGUCACAUAUCAUUGUAGCAAACUGCGGAGACUCAAGAGCAGUUUUAUGUCGUGGGAAAGAACCUGUGGCAUUGUCAGUUGAUCACAAACCAAACCGAGAGGAUGAAUAUGCAAGAAUUGAGGCAGCUGGAGGCAAGGUUAUACAGUGGAAUGGGCAUCGUGUUUUUGGCGUUCUUGCAAUGUCAAGGUCAAUUGGUGACAGAUACUUGAAACCAUGGAUAAUUCCAGAACCGGAAGUGAUGUUUCUUCCACGGGCAAAAGAUGAUGAAUGCCUUAUUUUAGCUAGUGAUGGCCUGUGGGAUGUCAUGACAAAUGAAGAGGUGUGCGACCUGGCUAGGAAAAGAAUACUUAUGUGGCACAAGAAGAAUGGGGUUGCACUUCCAACUAUAAGGGGUGAAGGGAUUGAUCCCGCAGCUCAAGCGGCAGCAGAAUUGCUCUCAAGCCGUGCUAUUCAAAAGGGAAGCAAGGACAACAUCAGUGUGAUCGUAGUAGAUUUGAAAGCUCAAAGGAAGUUCAAAAGCAAAACAUGAUGUCUGUAUUUUCCAUAGAACAUCCAGGAUUCAAGAACUCUUCACUGUCUCAAAGAGUCUUGGUUGUACACACCCUGCCGAUUUCUGGCUAUGUAAAUCUUAGCAGCUUGUUGUAGGACCGUCGAUGGUGACAAUUCCAUGUUUUCAACGUUGUGGCCAAAGUGUAUUCAUUAUGCCUCCGAGUUAAAAAGGCUCUGUGAGGUAUUUACUUCUUAUUAUUUCAACUGCAUGAUACUUUAUAACGAAAUUAGCAGAUUCAGGGAAA